AUGGACGAAGAAGCCGGACCGAUGAGAUUAGCCUACAGAGAACCCUACCUGUUUGUCACCUACUUCAACUCUCUGGACGUCAUUGAAAUUCAGGGACACACAGCGAUGAGUCCCACAGUGCUGGCCCACCUGGACAUUCCAAACCCUCGUUACCUGGGUCCAGCCAUCUCCUCGGGAGCCAUUUACCUCGCCUCCUCCUAUCAGAACAAACUGCGGGUCAUCUGCUGCAAAGGAAGCCUGAUCCGAGAGUCUGGAGACCUGCAGAGAACCGGCUCAAGCCGAGGCAGUCCGAGUAAGCGCUGCCCCCCCACCUACACGGAGCACAUUUCCAAACGUUUGACCUCAGGACCCGGCAGCCAUGACGGCCUGCAUCGGGAGCCGAGCACCCCACAUCGUUACCGAGAGGGUCGCACCGAGUUCAGACGAGACAAAUCUCCUGCUCGACCUCUGGACAGAGAGAAGUCCCCCGGCAGAGUGCUGGACAGCCGCAGGGAGAGGUCCCCUGGGAGAUUCGGGGACAGCACCCGACUUCAUGCUGGGUCUGUCCGCACACAGCUCGCCCCUGUUAACAAGGUACAAACUGGAGGAUGGUCCCACUGA